UCCUCCCCUACCUUGGUGGAGUCUCACCGCCGGGCGAUGGCGUUCACGUGGCUUUAACUCCUCUGUUCAGGUGGAGCCAUCUUUAUCAGCUGGGGGUUUUUCCUUCUUGGAAGGUAGGAUGUAAAGAGCUUGAACUUUGGGGCCAGACGGGUUCAAAUCCAGGCUCUGUUUUAGAUGUGUUACCUGAUCUCUCACAGUUUCCUUAUCUGAAAAAUGGGAUAAUGAUAGUAGCUGUCAAAGAGUUGCAAGGAUUCAAUGAAAUGGGGCACGUGGCGUAUCGGCAGGGUAUCUAGUGACACGUGGAGCGCUCUGUAAGUUUUAGCUGUUGUCACCACAGUUGCUCCUUGUUUCUGUCAGUGAGCAUUAUUGUGUACCUACUGUAUACCAGAUAGUACUGCCUUUGUGCUGGGAGAGAAGCUCUCGCCUAAGGCGCUUACAAGCCAUUUGGAGACGGAGCUGUGGAAACAAACUCCCACAACACAGGAUAAAUUCUGAUCUGUUGGCGUCAAAGGGUACACUGGAAGCUUAGUUACUGAACUCGUAACAUGAUGGAGGGUGAUUGUGAGAGGCUGAGUAGAAAAGUGAGGAGACACGUGAGGAACCCUUGCGACCAUUUGGAAAGAACAGUCUUGGACGGGAGGGAGGCAAGAGGGAGUUGGAGGGGCAGCGCUUUGACCCGUUGGCCCAGCGUGUCCGCAUUUGCUGAGGGAUCACAGAGCUCUGUCUGCCCUUCUGGUGGCAUCUCCCGCCUUCCCUGACGGCCAGAGGACCCGCCCGCAGAGAUGUGGACUCCCUUCUGUCCCCCGGCCUGUGUGCAUCCUGUUCUCCCUGUCCACAGGCAACCCACCUCUGCAUAUGCUGAGACUCAGCUCAAAAAUCCUCUCUGUGAAAUCUCUCUGAGGUCCUGCAUUAACCCCAUGACUCUCCCUUGUGUUCCCACGUGGGCAGAGGGCUGGGCUCCAGGAGGACAGCUGCAGAAGAGCCACUGGGUGGGUGUGGGGUGACUGGAGGUGAGUGUGUAGGGUUUUCUUUACAGAAAAGGCCCAGUAAGGGAAGGAGAGAGGGCGGAAGCGAGAGGGAGCAAGGCGCCAGGAGCAUCUUUGUAAAGGCAGGAGAGGCGGCAGCAUCCUGCGGGCUACGGGCAGGAGUGAUAGUCUGGGAAGGAACGCGGCUGUGUUGCUCUGCUUCAUGACGCCUCACUUCUGACCGUUCUGACACCAGCUGGGUGCCCGCCAUUUAACUCAUUCUGACACUGUCACCCUGGAGUUAGCAUCGGACCCACAGGGUAAGGGCUCAGUCCCCACAAGACCGCCCCCCGCCCCGAACUCAGACGCCAAUCACAAUUGCGGGCUGUCACCUGUGCUUCUGACCCACCGGCUCUAAAUUGGGGUUCCCACGACCCACUCCGCGGGUGCCAUUGAUCUGGUAGAGUGGCUCACGGAACUCUGAAAACGGUUUACUGAGCAGAUCCUGGUUCAUGUAAAACGCUACAAUGCAGGAUCAGCCCAAUGGAAGAGAGGCACAGGGCAGGGGGAGUGGGGGAGGGGUGCAGGGCUUUCCUUUCCAGGCAGACACCCCCCAGCACCUGUUUCUGCGCUUUUAUGGGGGUUCAUUACGUAGGCGUGAUGGGUCGAGUCACUGACCUUUGGUGACUGACUGAACCCCAGCCUCUCCCCGCCCCUCAGGUGCUAGGGCUGAAGGUUCUAACCCUCUCAUCACAUGCUUGUUCCCCUGACAUCCAGCCCCAUCCUUAGGAGUUUUCCGCAUUAACAUGAACUCAGGUGUGGUUGAGGGAUUUGUUAUGAGCAACACGACGUUCCUCUCACCUGUAUGGCCCUGGAGCUAUUUCAGAAACCGAGGACAAAAGCCCAAAUAUUAAAAGAUGCUCCUCUGUUCUUAUCCCUUAGGAAAAUCCAAGGGUUUUUAGGAACUCUGUGCCAGAAGUAGGGAGGAAGACCAAAUAUAUAUUCCUUAUUUAAAUCACAGUAUCACAAAGGGGAAAAGGGCACACACAGGAGAGUCGUGGUCAUUGGAUUAAGACCCUGGAGGAGACAGGAGAGAAUGGAAUCGGCCCGAGGAGGAGGCGUCACCAGGAGGGAGAAGUGGGGGGUGGUGAGGCCCGAUGCAGGGGAUGUCUGGGAGCCGGUGGGGAGGCGGGAGGAGGUGAGGGCCGUGUGCCCCGGGGGCUGCUUUCUGGGAAGUGACUGGCAGUGCCUCCUGAGAGGAGGGGGUGGGGCGAGCCCUGUCCUCACAGCCCCCGUCGCCCCCCGUGGACCCCUGGAUCGUCACCGUGUUGACUUCUGCCGCUCCCCCACUGGACCCUUCACUCCCUGAAGCGGGGCUGGGGCUCCGUGGGUCGCACAGGCUGUGCACUUAGCAGCUGUGGGGGCCCCGUUGGCACAGCUGCCAUGUGAACAGUGUCCCCUAGAGUCGAGCAGUGCGCAGCCCGAGGGGCUGGUCCUGUGGGCCCGGCAGGAGCUGUCACCUCUGUGCGUUUACUGUCACUGGCGUGUGGCACGCAGGCCGGCGACUUCCUGGUGCUCAGUAAAUGCUUCCUGAAGGAGCGGGAGUGAUAAAGGGGAAGAAGACCCCUGGUGAGGACCUUGAGGGCAAGAACUGUGGAGCCACACGAAGGGCCCAGCUAGGAAACCCCACGCACACAGAUAACUCUGGGGCUUUGAACCGUUGUAUCCCAGCGCCUGGGAGCCUCCACGCAGGUGCAGAGAAGGCGGCUGGUGGGUGGGGCAGGUGAGGGCCUCUGCAGGCAGCUCUGGGGACGGAGGAUAUUCGGGAUCAGGGGAGGGGGCUUGAGACCCUAACCCUGGGCCAGGUGUGGGCAGGAGGAAAGACAGGCCUGUCGUUUGCGAGACUCAGGGUCUGUCUGCAGAGGGGAGCAGCGUGAAGCAUCUCGGGUGGGGCUGGUGUUCCUAUUGCUGAAGCCCUUCCGCAGGAACACCCCCUGAACCACGGCGAGUGUGGGGGGCAGACGCCAGGCCUCUCGGCCCCCGGGAGCUGGAUACACAGUUGCAGAUGGAAACUUCUGCUGUGGGCGCGGUGCUCAGCGGUCUGUGUUUGGCCCGUGGAGACACUCUCCACCGUUCCCCACUUUGUCUGCGCCCUGGGAGGCUGGCCUUUAUAUUCUCCAUCCACGGGCUCCCUUGCUCUUGCUUCAGGUUGGCUUCUGGCAGAGGGAUGGGGUGGGGACCAGAGGCCUGGAGGGGAUCGCUGUUGGGGGUUUAUCCCUCAGUCCCUCCCUGCUGGGCUGCCCCCCGCUCCGGUCUUGCUUCUCCAACAACUUUCUGGAUCCCAGUGUCCCCUCCCGUCCUUCCCCUUCACACCUAGUGGGUAGCGGUGCCCAGGACAGCCAGCCCCGCGAGCUCCAGCUCGCCUGGUUGGUUCCCAUUAGCCUGUCCAUCCCUGUGUCCCAUUAGCCUGUCCGUCCCUGUGUCCCAUUAGCCUGUCCGUCCCUGUGUCCCAUUAGCCUGUCCAUCCCUGUGUGAAUGGCCUGCACGCUGCCCCGUCCUCAGUGACCUCAUGGGAAUGAGCCAUCUCUUUCCUGAGAGAUCCGGGCAGAAGAAAUACAGGAUGUGGAAGGGGUUGCUGUCCUUUGAGGACGUGGCUCUGUACUUCACCAGGGAAGAGUGGGACACACUGGACUGGGCUCAGAAGGACCUCUACAGAGACGUGAUGCUGGACAACUACAGAAACGUGCUCUCCUUGGGAGUUCAGUUUCCCAAACCUGAGGUGAUCUGUCAGCUGGAGCAGUGGGAAGAGCCGUGGAUCCUGGAUCUACCAAGAGCUGGGACUAGGAAGGCUUCCGGUAGUGCUUGCCCAGGUGGUGGGUGUGGUCAUCAGCCCCAUUCCCAGGUGAAGAAACUAAGGGACUGCGAUGUCUGUCACACGGCUAGUCCUGAAGCCAGAUUCAAGAUGAAAGACCUAACUCCAAAGCAGAACAUUUCUGAAGAUCUAGAGUCAUGUAAGAUGUCACUGGUAAAGCAGAAAAUGGCCAGGAAACCCUUAGAAAAGUUACUUGAAUGUAACGAAUUUGUGGACAUUUACCGACUUUCACUCCCUACUGUUGGUGAUGAAUGCUGUAAGGACUUCCUUCAAAACCUUAACCUCAUUCAAGAUCUGAAAGCUCAGGCAAGGACAAAGCAGGGCAAAUAUGAGUAUGGAAAACCCUUCCAUCAGAGAUCACUGCUUUUGAGGCAUAAGCAAAUUCUUACAAAUGCAAAAUCUUAUGAAUGCAGCGAAUGUGGAAGAGCCUUUCAGCGUCAGGCAAAUUUUGUUCGACAUCAAAGAAUUCACAGUUCAGAGGAUCCCUUUGAGUGCGACAUAUGUGGGCAGGCCUUCAAACAGAAGUCUGCUCUGAUUGUCCACAAACAGUGUCACUCACAAAAAAAGCCAUAUAAAUGUCAUGACUGUGGAAAGUGUUUCCGUCAGAUGGCGUAUCUUGUUGAACACAGGAGGAUCCAUACCAAAGAAAAACCCUAUAAAUGUAGUGAAUGUGAAAGAACAUUUAGUCAGAAUUCAACCCUUAUUCGACAUCAGUUAAUCCACAGUGGAGAGAAACCCCAUAAAUGCAUUGAAUGUGGAAAAGCCUUUGGCCGGCAUUCAACCCUUAUGAGCCAUCGACAAAUUCACAAUAAACAGAACACUCAUAAAUGCAGUGAAUGUGGUGAAUCCUUUGGUCGGAAUGUAGAUCUCAUUCAGCAUCAAAGAAUCCAUACCAAGGAGGAAUUCUUUGAAUGUAGCGAAUGUGGGAAAACUUUUAGUUUUAAGGCAAAUCUUCAUCGACAUGAGGUCAUUCAUACUGGAGAGAGACCCUACAGAUGUGACAAAUGUGGAAAAUCUUUCAGUUGGCGCACAAGCUUUAUUAAGCAUCAGGGUACUCACAGAGAGCAGAUACCUAUGUGAUAAUAACCAGAAAAGCUACCAUUUAAAGACCAGAACCUAACCACUCUUGCAAAUAUGUGUAACUCAAUUGUUUUAUGAAAAUUAAUAAACAGGAACUGAAAUGGUU